CACUCAGCCGUGUCACGUUCCACCACACGUCUCCCCAUAUCAGGUUUUUGGCUCGGCGAAUGGAGGUGUUGAAUGCCGACCUGCCGGGGCCCAUUGAAGACGUGCCGUUCGAGGGUUUUGCUGGCUACCACACACCCCUUCCUUCCUUCCUUCCCUCCUUCCCUCCUUCUAUUCUUCUACAGCUUUCCCCCCACAUCUUGAAAGCAGGAUCCCCUGGACCAGGUUGCGGAUAAUUCCUUCACCAUCUUUCGUUGGGUUCAUUCCGUUUGGUACAAUACGCUCGCUGGCAGGCGUUGAAUCAUGGCUCGAGGUGGAUUUAACACUGUGCUGGGAAAAUGGGUUGGAUACGGAAUUCUGCUGGGGGGAUUGGUUUCUGGCGCUCAGAGCUCGGAUUGUAUGACAUGACUUUCUGGUGGAGGGAGAAGAGGGAGGGAAGGAGAAAAGGAUCGAGACGGAGAAGAGGACGGUGAUAGGAUUCUCAACUAACCGGUGUUGUCUAGGCUCUGUCCAACCUUUCGCUCUUCCCUGGGAGAAUACUACCAUCUUGAACUAUCCCGAUAGAGCGGCCGCUCAUAGAAGCAUCAGAUGGCAGGUUGGUAUGUUAUGCACAUCUCACUCGUGGAUUAUCACGUAUCCUCGGCAGCGCCUGGCUGACAACGCGCAGGUUCCGACAAGCAGGUACUCGCGAUGCAGCUGGGGACGACGCUCAACUCUACCUUUAUCCCGGACGGAGACAAGGUUUGCAAGAAUGAUGGAUCGACGGAUGAGCCACCGGGGAAGUUUGGUUGCGUGUUUUGGAGGGGAGGACUUUUUCAGCCUGCGAAGAGUAAGACCUGGGAGAAGGAUACGGGUGUUGAACCAUAUAACGGAUCUGUAAGAAACGCGGGAUGGGAUUAUCUGCACCAGGAUAUGUAUGCCAGUAUGUAUACCGCGGAGCCGUGCAUAAAAGAAAUGGGAGGCAUUAGCAAAACUAACGGGCCGUAGAGGAUAACAAGGAUCCGCUGUCUGAUUUCCCGAGAGGUAUGUUGAUAUUCGCUACCUUGGCAAUACCGAACUAACAUGGCUCAGGUUGGGACACGAUCGGCUUUGGCGACAAUCUUGAGGUUGAGGGUUACCCAAUGACAAUUAUCGAUGAUGGGAAAUUUCCAUUUGGGUGGGAUUGACUUUCUUUCAAUUUCCGAGUGAUCUCGACUGACGGAAUGUUACCCCAAGUGCUGGCUUCAUUGGUCUUGCCUCCGAUUCCGUGUUUCUCAAAUCAGCCGUUCACGCGGGCGUCACGCCUUCCGCCACUUGGUCUUUCGAUUACGGUCUCACGGCUGCAGAUGUUGCAGGUGAACUAGUUAUCGGGGGUUACAACGCAGCCAAGGCUAAGCCGGAAGACUGGCACAACUUCACCGUUUCGCCGGACAAGAGCAAACCUUGCCCUUUACAGGUGACAGUUAGUAAGAUGAAGUGGGGGACUGCUGAUUUGAUGGCCGGGAUGGGUAUGCUUCCCCCCCCCCCCUUACCUCUUAGAUUAUGCUAAUCUUUGUAGAACCAUUCAUGGCAUGCGUGGAACCGGCAUAUUGGUCAAUGAUUAUGCCCUAUCAAGUCCAACAAAAUUUCAAUGACACCAUGUUGAGGGGUCGUAACAGCUCAGCCUUCUGGAGGUCCACUUGGGAAUAUUAUUUUUAUAACUUUACAGAUCCACUUCCUGCUGGUGACUUUACUAUCGAACUAGACACGGGGUUUUCGGUAACAAUGCCACGUGAAGAAUGGAUUUAUGACGCGGUUCAGAUUAAUGGUGAUGGGCAUUGGGAUAAAAUACCAGGUGUGAAAAACCGAGUGAUGAAUUCAUGAAGCAUCGAAUCAAUCUAACCGUACUGCAGGAUCUAUCCAAGCAACCCUGGGAACCGCUGGCUACGCGCCGGGAGUUACUCCACUUCUGCCCUUCCUCGGCGCCCCCUUCCUUUCCCAAGCAUACCUUGUCGUCGACUAUGCGAGCAGCCCUCAAACCUUUGCCCUAGCAAAGACAAAUCGUGCGAAGGCGGAGACAAAGCUUGUGUCUCUAAGCUGCGGAGGAUCGUCGAUAAGUACUAACAACAUAACAGAGUCGGAGACCAAGAAAAAGACGCCGACCGGAGUGAUAGUUGGUUCAGCGGUAGGAGGAUUCGCAGUCCUGGCGAUAGCCGGAGGAGUAAUAUUCUGCCUCCUCCGCCGCCGUCAGCAACGAGCAGAAGCGACCGCCGAGACAAACGUCUUUUCGGGGGUCGAUCCCCCAAAGACUGACAUGGGGGGCACGGGUUUUUAUCGUCCACCAGCAUACACUUCCCCAGGCCCCUCUCCGGUCAUGGGCGCAUACCCUGCCGAAUCGGUCACCUCGGAUAGCAACUCGAUGAGAUCGCCAUCCGGAUACUCUCAUGUGCCUUCUUCCCCGCCGCCCUCCUCUAUAGGGGUGUACAAUCCUCCGUCAAUAACCCGCAGGCCAACCCCCGCAGCCUUGAACGCCGAGGGACCACCGGCUGAAUUGAGCGCACGGCCACUGUCCACAGCUUUUCCCACAACGUUCCAGGAUGCGGACUAUGACGGCGUUUCCUCGAACGAAGGGAGUAAGAGGGGGAAUAGAGAAAAGUAAGAUGCAAGGGACGAGAGGUUUUUUCAUGUUGUCUUCUUUUUUCCUUUCUUCGGGAAGGGGGAGUAUUUAGCGGGCGUUUCAGGAUGUAUAUAUGAUGUAGCGGUAUCAUCCACCUUUUAUCUUUCCAUAUCCUCCUUUUUUUUUCUUAAUUGCUCUUAUUUAAUUGUACGAAGUCGUGUAACCUGAGGAUGAUCCCCCCGGGCGGGGAGGGGGAAAAAAAAAAAAAGGCUUUUUAGAUGACUACUUGAUGUAGUAUUGAUGCCCGUGCAGAGCGGUACGUAUGUAUCCCUGGAGUUCCGAGUUCGUGUUCAUGUCGGGUGCUGUCCAUUAGGGAAUUAAUUACCGUGCCGUUACUCACGAUCGUCCUUCCUCUCCGCACGCAAUCGACCACGAGCCCGGAAGCCUGCUCUCUGCCUGCGCGGCUGAAGGGGCCGCUGUAGCGUGGUGCGCCCAUUCACUACCGGUAAGUGAUAAACGGUGACUCUCGAGAGCGAGACGUUGGCGGAAGAGCAUAUACAUAUAUUUUUCCUUGGCUGGAUUGAUCAGUGGAUAUAUAUCACGGUACUUGUGGCACGGUAGUCAGGGGCGUCAUGAUAAUAUCGAAACGAUGCCCGG